UUAAACUCAGCCAAGUGCUUCACUCGGGUCGUGGGCACGUGGAGAUGAAGAAGUAUACAUAAACCGUUUUAAUCAUCUAAAAGUCUGACAAAAUGGAAGAACAGGAGUGUGAAAUCGUCUUUGUAUCAAACAAAUCGCAAAAGAAGAAAGAAAAUAUCCUUGAGGCCCUGACUAAAUACAAAUUGAAGCAUCAGGAAGAACAACAGCAUACAUUUGAAACAAAGGGAAACGUAAUAGUAAAUGAUUCCUCGCCAUUGUCAGUGAAGGGUGAAGUAGCAAAUCAAACAUCUCAAAGAACAAAAAGAAAGAAUUUUAGGUUAAAGAAGCAAUCAUCAGUGAAAAGGAAGUCUCAAUUUACAGCAAUAAAUGGAAACCAGUAUGACAAAAACGAAAGAAAUAGAAUACUAACAGAAUAUCUGGAAAAUUCAGUAAAAUGUGAAAGCAAACUAUACUUGAGAAAAGAUUGUGAAAUUGGCAUCACUGAAUAUAUUUCCCAAGGACAAGGCUUUUCUGCUGUUGAUAUAAAUCACUCUUUGACUGAUUUCCAGGUACAUGAAAUCAGUUUAGAUGGAUCAGUUGUUCAUUUAACAAAGAUGAACAAUCCUCUUAUCAAACCUUUUCAUUGUAAAGGAAAGUGUGUCAUAACACCAGACCAAUUAAAUAGCAUUGAUGACAUUAUGUUAAAGACAGAUGAUGACAAAGAGAUUAAAACUAUUGAAAUUAACAUCACAAGUCUAAGAAAAAAUGAGAAGGACAACCUUCAGAAAAUUCUGAAAGAGAAGUUUCAUGUCCAUGAGCCUGUAUAUGUUGGUAAAAAACUAAUCUUGAAGAUUUGCAACAUGCAAGAUGAGAUUCGUCGCCAAGAUGGAUCAUUUGAUUAUAUUCAAUUCACUUUAUACACAGAAGGAAUAAGCACAAAGACAGCAAUCGACAAUAUCGCAACAAAACUCAGGAAAAGCUCUGCAUCCUUUAUGACUGCUGAAAAGAAAUUUGCAAAAUCAAUAACUCAACUGGUGACGGUGAAAAGUGAGGAUUCUAUUGGUCUUUGUCUCGCUUCACUCCACAAUAUUGCAUUUGGAAAUUUCAGUUUCGUCCCUAAACCCCUUCAGCUGGGCGAUCUGAAGGGCAAUCAUUUUAGCAUCGCACUACGGAAAGUAAUUGGUAAUAAGGGUCACAUUGAGGCGAGUUUCAGAUCUCUAAAAGAUAAUGGUUUCAUAAAUUAUUAUGACAACAAUCACUCUGGAUUUAUGAAAGACGUUCCCAAGCAUUUAAUCGGAAAGCAGCUACUACUAAAGCAAUGGCAAGAAGCUGUUGAUUUAAUUUUACAGCCUCCCGAGUUCAAUAGCACAGACCCCACAGAUGAGUGGUUUAGCCACCUUACAUUGGCGUGUAUUGAGUAUAAAUCCUCAAGGGUUGUCCAUCUAACCUUUGAUGAGAAUCAAAAAAAAAAUUCAAUAAAAGCCCAAAUCUUGUCAGAUAUUAAAAUCCAUGGCGAAAAUGUCGUUGAAGCAGUCCCUUUUGAUCUGCGACUUUCUUGUGUUCGCGCCUAUCAGUGUUUUCUCUGGAAUACUAUCGCCUCCAAGCGCCUUGCAAAAUUUGGUUCAAAGUUGAUUGUGGGUGAUCUAGUCUAUGCUUCAGUUGAAAUGGAAGGGGACAGUGACAGACGUGAUAAUAAUAGACAGCACAAUCAACGAGAAGUCAUUUUCAUCGACAAAAAUAACAUUCAUAAGUACUCCAUCUACGACGUUGUUCUUCCGCUUCCUGGUUGUAAUAUUACGUAUCCAGCCAACGAAGUUGCCGACUGGUAUAAAGACCUGUUAUUGGCAGAUGGACUGUUAGAGAAGGAUUUCAAUUCGGGUUUAAAUACUUAUGGUAUUAAUGGAGCUUAUCGACCCGUGGUGUUGAGGCCUUCUAAUUUGAAAUGGAAAUUCGUGCAUUACGAUAAUCCUGACCAGAAGUUGAUUCCGUCUGAUUUGGAUCGACUGCACCAAAUAGAGCUCCCGCCUGUCGGUUCGCAAGAGGGUGCAUAUCUUGGGCUUGUGCUCGAAUUCAGUUUGCCGGCCUUCGCUUGGGGGACUAUGGCUCUGAGAGAGUUACUCAAAAUGGACAUAAUAGCCGAACUACGGAACUCAACUAUAGCGAGAGAGAAAUUGAAGAACCGUUUGAAGAGAUCGCGCCCUAGUCAGAAGGUUCCAUCGCCAUUAGCAACCAAGGAAGUGCUCGAAGAACCACAGCUGAAGAAAAUCAGAGAAAAGCCGUGCAUCGCCAAUCAACCUCUACCAGAAACAAUCAUGUCUUUCUUAGACAUAAAUCAAAACCGUCCAGAAGCAGCAGCCAGCCCAUUAUCCAAGGGAAAAACGAUCAGAGAAAUCAAGCCCGAAUCGGACACUGUGGAAAAACAACCGUCAAUAGACAAUGAGUCAUUCGAGGAACCUCUCCGAACAAAAAGAAUUGCCGAAAAACAAGUCACCAGUAAACAAUUGUUGGAGAAACGUAAGAAUCAAGAUCCUUCACCAUCGACAAGCGAGUCUCGUGAGUCCAAACUAAAAGGAACGCCGGCCACACUUGAAAAUCUGCCACCAACAACCAGAGAACCAUUUGAGAAACCUCUAUUAAAGGAAGAACCGGGGACCAGCAAACAAUCUGCACCAAUAGCAACAGAUUUUACUGAAGAGAGACAGAAAAAUCUAAUUGUUCUACAGCCCCGCACUUGUCAAAAGACUCAACCUAUAGUAAACGAGUGCUUGAAGGAACCCCAAACUAAUGUUAAGGUCGAGUCCGGCAUUUGUCAAAUGCAUUCAUCAACAUUCACCGAGUCUUGUGAGGAACCUGAGAAAAAGAAAAUCAAGUUAGACACAGAUCAAGAAGAAGUGUUAAUCAUUCAGUCCUCCAAAAGCACAAAGUUUAAGAGUAUCAUGUAUAUCGAUCUCAUUUCCGAUCAAGAGGAUUGAUUACACUCGUCUUAGGUCCUCUGUUUUGAUGAACUUGAAAACACUUGAAAAGUCAUUUUCUUUCUUAUUGUUUUUGUCCAGUUUUUCUUUAACAUUAUUAUUUAUUACCUUUUUUUUUUGUUUCCACUGAAGUUUAAUUUAAGGUAGUUGGUAAUUGAGUAAAGUGCGCCGAUGGAAAAAUAUCCUUAGCGGUUUAAUUUUGUUAAAUGGAAAAUGUUUCUUGUUUAUUUUUCUUUUGAAAAGGUGCCUUAUUCAACGGGAAGUGUUACACAACUGCUUGAAACACUAUUACCUUAAUUUUGUUCUGUUUGGAGAUUUGUGAAAGUGGACAUUUGAAUUUAUGUGGUCCAACCCAAUCAACCCUUUCUCUUGUCUGGUCCAAGUUAAUAUUUAACGCUGUGAUAUGGCUGAUAUCCAAUGCGAUAAUUCAGAACUAAUUGAAGUUAAAUAUAUUUUCCUUUGACCCAAA